AUGCGAAACCAUAUGGCUGCCGGGUGGUUUUAUUCCCCCAGCCAAAUCACCAGAUACUUUGCUACACGCGUGUCCAGUCUCAAGCCACCCAAGAAUGAACUCAGAAACCCUUAUGCCAUCCUGCGCGAGCUCACAGCGCACCAAUGGCUAAUGUUCGCAGCGGGGUUUCUGGGCUGGACUUGGGAUUCAUUUGACUUCUUUACGGUUUCUAUGACUAUCACUGAGAUCUCGGAAACCUUUGGUGUUUCAUACUCAGAUGUCUCUUGGGGUAUGACGGUUACUCUUAUGCUUAGAUCGGUGGGCGCGAUUAUUUUCGGCAUCCUUGCGGAUAGAUAUGGUCGCAAGUGGCCGAUGAUCUUCAACUUGACGCUGUUCAUUGUCCUGGAACUUUGUUCUGGGUUUUGUAAUACCCUGCCCCAAUUCCUGGGUGUGCGAUCUCUAUAUGGGAUUGCUAUGGGAGGCUUAUUUGGUCCUGCAGCAGCUACUGCUCUCGAGGAUCUUCCAUAUGAAGCUCGCGGGCUACUCUCUGGAUUAUUUGAGAUGGGCUAUGCGACCGGAUACCUACUCGCUGCGGCUUUUUACCGUGCGCUCGUCCCCACUACUUCGCAUGGCUGGCGAAGCCUUUUCUGGUUUGGAGCUGGCCCGCCUGUGUUAAUUAUUCUGUUCCGGUGGUGGUUACCAGAGACCAACCAUUUCCAAGUAAUGAAAGCUGAGCGGGAAGCGCGUGCCAACGCUGUAGAUGGCCAUGCAUCUGCAAUGGGGUUCCGGAUCUUCAUCCGAGACGCUGGGCGUGCUCUUCGCGCUAACUGGGUUCUUUUCGUCUACCUCGUUGUCUUGAUGACGGGUUUCAAUUCCUGUUCGCAUGGCAGUCAGGAUUUUUAUCCGACUUUCCUCAAAGAUCAAGUCGGGAUGGAUGCGACGGACACGACAGUCAUUACGGUGGUAGGCCAGAUUGGAGCCUUGAUUGGGGGAUGCACGAUGGGGUAUAUCAGCACGUUCUUCGGUCGCCGGCUAACCAUGAUGGUAUCGUGCAUAUUUGGGGGCGCUCUCAUUCCCGCGUAUAUCCUUGUUCGCACCGAUUCGCUGAUUGCCAGUGCCUUCUUCGAGCAGUUCUUUGUUGGUGGUGUUUGGGGUCCGAUGCCUAUUCACUUAUUGGAACUUUCACCCAUUGCAUUGCGCUCGUUGAUGGUUGGUUUGACCUAUCAGCUGGGUAACUUAGGCUCGUCUGCCUCGGCGACUAUUCAGUCUAUUAUCGGUGAGCGGUUUCCGCUGCCAGCCGGUCCAGAUGGUAAUAAGCGAUUUGAUUAUGGGAAGGUGAUUGCUAUCUUCAUGGGUGCAGUGUGGGCUUUUAUGAUGUUUUUCCUGUUUUGGGGCCCGGAGAUGUCGCAAGAGGAACGCGACGAAGAAGCCGAGGCGUCAUUGCGCCUGGAGCAGUUGCGUGCGGAGGGUGUCAGUUUGGCGGAGAUUGGAAAGCAGCAGUUUGAGGCUCAAGAGGAUGGAGACAAAGUAGAGACUGCCCACAUUGAGAAUGACGUCUGA